AUGCUUAAUAAAAUAUUUGGCUUAGCAAUUAUUCUUCAUUCCAUACAACAACCUCUUCAGGCAAUAUUUUUGAAAUUUCAUCCAAUGGUAAAUAAUUAUGGAAGAAGAACAUUUGAUAUGCAUAAUGCGCCGCUAAAUUAUAUCAAUAAGCGUGAAGGACUUAAAGGCUAUCGUUGGGAUGAAUGCGAAUUUUCACCGUUAAGUUGUUUGCUAAGACGUUAA